AUGGCACUACGUUGGUCUUCACGCGCCGGCCUGCGGUAUAUAAGCAGACAGAGAUGUGUUCAAAGGAGUCGGGUCCAUGUUCCAUCUACUCGCUCGUUCGUAUUCAACGGUCUUAAAGCUUGCUACCCAAGUAGCGUUGAAUUAUUACCCCGUCUCUUCAGCGCUUCCUCGCGCCAAUAUGACUCCAGAAUCGUUGUGCGCGUCCCCCCGAUGGCAGAGUCAAUCACAGAAGGAACCCUAAACCAGUUCAACAAGCUGGUUGGCGACUUCGUCGAGCUGGAUGAAGAGCUCGCCACAAUUGAGACGGAUAAGAUUGAUGUUUCGGUGAACGCACCACAAUCAGGAGUUAUUAAGCAAUUCCUUGUGGGCGAAGGAGAUGUCGUCACUGUCGACCAAGAAAUUGCGGAGAUUGAAGCUGGCGAACAAGUUACAACCAAAUCCGAGAAGAGCAAAGAGCCAGCUUUGAGGGUCCAGGAUAGGCCUAAAUCAGAGCAACAGCCUACAAGCACAGGGCCAGCGCCUGCUCAUGAAGGCGAAAAGCCAUCCAAGCACGAAGAGAGCCCAAAACAAGCACCAGCGACUACUCCAAUUACGCCACCAGCUGCUGGACAGCCCCAAGCCUGGGGAUUCAGACCGAGUCGCGUCAAAAUGACCCGAAUCCGACAACGCACUGCCCAACGCCUCAAAGAAUCCCAGAACACAGCCGCCUUCCUAACGGCAUUCAACGAGGUUGACAUGUCACGAUUAAUAAGUUUCAGAAAGAAGAAUAAGGAUGCAGCGUUGGAAAAACACGGUGUAAAAUUGGGUUACAUGGGCCCAAUGGCACGCGCCUCCGCACUAGCACUCAAAGAAAUCCCAGCUAUCAACGCAUCAAUUGAAGGCGAGGAUACGAUUGUGUACCGUGGCUAUGUGGAUCUCAGUGUUGCAGCGGCUAUCCCGAAGGGCCUCGUUACACCUGUUCUGCGGAACAUUGAGUCUAUGAGUAUUUUGGAGAUUGAGAAGGGGAUUGCAGAGCUGGUUAAGAAGGCUCGAGAUGGAAAGCUUACUAUGGGCGAUAUGACCGGUGGUAGCUUCACGAUCAGUAACAGUGGGCUUUGGGGAUCACUGUUUGGAACUCCUAUUAUCAAUGCCCCUCAGACGGCUGUGUUGGGAACCUACGGUAUUCAGGAUCGACCUGUGGCUAUCAAUGGACAGGUUGAAGUCCGACCGAUGAUGUACAUUGCUCUGACUUACGAUCACCGCCUUGUUGAUGGGAGGGAAGCGGUCACAUUCUUGACUCUGAUCAAGAAGUACUUGGAGGACCCGGAGACUAUGCUACUUUCGUUGUAG